AUGUACGGCCAUUUGCUUAUACCCGGGACGAAACCUCAGAUUGUUUCUCCUCGUCUACUACCGAUAGCACUCACUGAGCUCACAAGCUCCUUCAUAUAUCUCUAUCCCUUGCUUGCAUUCGCCACAUCGACUAUGUCUAACACAAGCAGCCGCGUAUUUUCAGCGCAAGCAGUUUCAGCCGUAGCGCGCGGCUUUUUUGACACACAUUCUAAUCCGAUCUCUACCCGGCGUGAGCCUCAGCAAGACUCUGAGCUGCCCAAAGCCUCAAAGCGCAAGGCCACCCCUAGGAUCGACCUCGACGCCCACUACAAGCGUCAGGAAACCAACAAGGAGCGUGGAAGACUCCUCACACUCGCGUCACUCAGCGCAUCGUCCACAGACAGGCAGCACGCAGCAGCUAGGGUUGUCGAUACUACGCACAUUAUAAAGCGCGGAAUCAUCCGCAAACCUCGCGAUCGCACCCCACCGCUCGAAUGCUACAAGUCCAGAAAGGGACGUCUUACCACUGGUAGUCGCAAGCCGGCACCACCCCCAGAGCUUAUCACCUCCAAUGCAGUUCCUCCCCCUGUCAUUGCUCCCAUUCCAACUCAUCCCCUACCCAACUUCAUAAAGACAAACACCAUUGCACGUCCCAUCCGCCCACUCCCUUCCAGAGUCAGGCCGACGAUCCACAUCGAGACCCUUACGAAACAGGUAGACGCUACCCGCUUCAGGCUCCAACCCAUAUUAGGAGUGUUCUCAUAUCGUCUCAAGGACGAGCACCAAGGACCCAUCUUUAGCCUCACCACAGAGCUUGAUAAAGUUUGCGCCGACCUACACACAGGGACGCGCACAUAUACAUUCGUCGAGAAGCAGGUUAUCAACAAAGUCUGUCUGGAGAUAGGAGGAAUCAGUUUCAAGCAGAUAGGAAAGGAAGAGAGGCUGCAGGAAAUCGCCAAGGCUCUGGUCUUCAUCUCGAAAGCGAGAUAUUUGCACUUUUUGCAAAGAAUGGAUGAUAUUCUUCACACAAACGUCAAGUCAGCACACGACGGAAGCACCCCACGCGCCUCGCAGCGCAAUUCACCAGAACCUGCACUAGGACCGCAGGAUUCCGCAUCGCAAGUCGGAGGACCAGCAUCCACGACACCAUCACUUGUACCAGCCUAUGUCCCACCUCUCUGGGAGUUCGAUGGACACCAAUUCGAGCACCUAGAAGAUGCUCUCAGACAGUCCACUCCCGGGGAAGUCCCGGACCACAUACGUGAAUGGGUAAUCGUCGCAAUGAAGCUCACAGUCACCACUGAGAUCGCCAAGGUCUACAAUGUGCUCGGAAACAAGAUGUACGAGCACAAGAAAGCCUUUGAAUCAACUAUUCAAAACAACAAGAGCGAACACCGACUCAAGGAGGCACUUCUCCAGACGGAAAUCGAGAAGCUCAAGGAUAAGAUCCUCGCGCAAGAUGCGCAUGUGAUAGUUUUGAACGACGAGCUCACAGGGACCCAGGCAGCAAUGCUCGACAUAGGAAAAGAAAUGAUGGAAAUCAAGGCAGCUAACGUCAAGCUGCGACAUGAGCUAGCUUCGCUCAAAGCAAGCGACGUCACUGUGAUGCAAGGUCAAACGUCCGGCACGGUCCAAUCGCACAAACCCUGCAUCAAAAUUGCUGAGCCUCCACACUACUCGGGCAAAGGAAGUCUGGAGGAUUGGCUCCAACAACUCAGUAUAUGGAUGCGGUGGAAUGAGAUCAACGACGACGAGCACAAGAUCACCAUGGCCCUGCUGCAUUUGGAAGGUGGCGCGUUCACAUACAUGUCCAAAUAUGCGACCAGAGCAGCAGCACGGCAGGCACUUGGCACAUGGGAAGACUUCGUCAACAUUCUCAAAGUGAACUACAGGAUCCUCGACCCGGACAAGGAUGCACAGCAGCAUUUGAAGGAUAUCUGCGGCAAGACGUAUCCCACAAUGGUAUCCUUCGCAGAACAGUUCCGUCAAUGGGCCACUAAGACCAACUUAGGGCACACUGCACUCAUCGGUUACAUCGCUGAACACUGA